AUUCCGCCAAGGAGCCAAUUCGACGAAACGAUAACAGGGAGCACAGUCGGUCGAGCAUGCUUGUGGUUGAGGCUGUAUGCUCUGAACUUCACUUGUCCCCCUCGAAGCGAGACAGAAGUUCGUCGCCGACGACGUCCACCUGGCAUUCAACAUGGUAGACCAGAGUAGCGGCCCCGACACCCUGCUGUUCGGGUCGCUUGCAUUAUCCUUCGACGCUUCGACGUUCCAGCAAGUGCGAAAAGCGGUUAUAGAGAGCGACGAGAGCGCCUGGCUCGCCGACGUGGUCAGGACGCUCCCCCGAGACUGCGACGCCAUUCUAUCCGGCAUCCCUGGGCUACAAGCUUCGGUGGCCACGGCCCGCAGUCAAGUAACCGACCUCAGCGAUGCUUUCACCACAGGUCGACUCCCCGAGACGCCUUUUCCGCUACCCAACGCACUCCUAAUACCCCUCGUAACCAUCAACCAAUUAGCUCUGUAUGCCGAUUUUGUACAGCAGGCGAGCCUCGGAAACGACGGCGAGAACGCCUGGGUCUCGCACCGCAGGCAGACGCUGGGCUUGUGCACGGGCCUUUUAUCCGCCUUUGCUGCCUCGAGCGCGCGCAAUGCCGAGGAAUUUCGAAGAUACGGCGCCGCCGCCGUGAGACUGGCUCUUCUUGUUGGCCUGGUGAUCGAUAACCAGGACGCCUUGUCGGGCAAGGGCCGUUAUAGGUCGCUAAGCGCAGCUUGGAGCCCGAACGGAGGGCAAGAGGAGAUGAUCAAGAUUUUGAAGGAUUCCGAAGAGACGUACGUCUCUGUCCAUUUUGACGAGAAUCGGGCGACUAUCACCACGUCCGCCGAACACGUAGGGGAUCUAACCCGACGGCUGAAAGCCGCAGGCUUAAGCGCGUCCGAAAUUGGCCUAUACGGGCGCUUCCACUUCGCGGGCAACUCGGCCCUCGUCGAGCAAGCCAUCACCUUUUGCGAGUUUCGCGGCGAAUUUCAACUCUCAGAUGCCGCUUCCCUGGCCACGCCGACACGGGGCAACGACCUUGCCGGUUCGUUGCUGAAAGAGGGCGCGCUGCACGCUCAUGCGUUGAGGUCCAUUCUUCUACAGCCUCCUCGUUGGUUUGACGCCUUCUCCGCUGCUACCUUGCGGGGGAAUGGGGAGAACGUGCACGUUUUCGAUUUUGGUCCGGAGCGCAGCAUACCCCUGUCACUCACCUCGCGACCAAAUUUGAAAGUAGACUAUCUCUCCGACCGCGUCAGAAGUAAAAUAGACCGGCGACCGGAUCGCCUGUGGAGAGACAGCGACAUUGCCGUCGUGGGCAUGUCCUGCAGAGUCGCCGGAGCUAGCAAUUUGGAGGAUUUCUGGGACUUGCUGGUGGCGGGUGAGUCUCAGCACCGGGAAAUCAGCACUUCCAGCCGCUUCUCCUUCGACGACACGCCGUUUCGGACGAGCUCCGAUGCCAAUAUGAAUAGGAAAUGGUUUGCGAAUUUGCUCGACAACCACGACCACUUCGAUCACCGUUUCUUCAAGAAAAGCGCGCGCGAGAGCGCCACCAUGGACCCGCAGCAACGGCAGAUUCUCCAGGUGGCCUACCAGGCGGUCGAGCAGAGUGGUUACUUCCGGGGCGCUGAGUCGGAGCGCAAUGCGAAGAUCGGAUGCUACGUAGGCGUAUGCCUGGGCGAUUACGAUAACAACGUGGCUUGUCAUGCCGCCAAUGCCUUUACCGCGACCGGCAACCUGCAGGGGUUCAUCGCGGGCAAGGUGUCACACUUUUUUGGCUGGACUGGCCCAGGGCUCACCAUCGACACAGCGUGCAGCUCGUCGCUAGUAGCAGUACAUCAAGCCUGCCAGUCGAUCCUGACCGGGGAAUGCGAGGCGGCGCUCGCAGGCGGAACGCACGUCAUGACCUCGGCCUCUUGGUUCCAGAACCUAGCAGCAGGGUCUUUCCUCAGCCCUACGGGCCAAUGCAAGCCGUUUGACGCCAAGGCGGACGGUUAUUGCCGGGGUGAGGGUGUCGGCGCCGUCUUCCUGAAGAAGAUGAGCAAGGCGGUCGCGGAUGGGGAUCCCAUCCUAGGCGUUAUCGCCGCCACGGCUGUGCAGCAAAAUCAAAACUGUACCCCAAUUUUCGUCCCCAACGUUCCUUCGUUGGGCGACCUUUUCAGCACCGUGACGGCUAAAGCACAUAUCAAGCCGUCGCAGAUAUCGGUGGUCGAGGCCCAUGGCACCGGUACCGCCGUUGGCGAUCCCGCCGAAUAUGAUAGUAUCCGAAAGGUUCUUGGUGGCGCAAACCGUUCCGGACAACCCUUGAUGGUCAGCUCAGUCAAGGGACUUGUUGGCCAUAUGGAGUGUACUUCCGGUAUCAUCAGUUUGAUAAAGGUCCUCCUCAUGCUGAACAAGGGCACGCUACCCCCGCAGGCCAGCUUUAAGACUCUGAAUCCGGCUCUGAAUUCCACAGACGCUGAUCAGAUGUUCAUACCCACCCGAGUGCAGCCGUGGGACGUCGACUUUCGCGCUGCCCUUAUCAACAAUUACGGUGCAUCGGGAUCGAACGCCUCGCUCGUGGUUACUCAGUCGCCGUCUCUCGGGAAAGCGCUUCAGAAUGUGUCGCAAAUCCCGGCAAAUGUAAAGUACCCUUUCUGGAUCAGCAGUUUCGAUAAGAAGAGCCUGUAUCGAUACGUGAAGGCAUUCCGGAAAUAUAUCUCCAGGUCGGGGGGGGACACGUCGCUUGCCAAUCUUUCCUUUAACGUCGCUCGACAGAGCAACCGCACCUUGGAGUCGGGCUUGAUGUUUUCCGCGCGUUCCAUCGAGGAGCUGGAUCGCAACCUGGCUUCGUUUGAGAAGAGCGAUGACUCCAAUGUUUUGGCAGAACCCUCGGCUUCUUCGGCGACGAAACGGCCUGUAAUCUUGUGCUUCGGAGGCCAAAUUUCCACUUACGUUGGACUUGACCGUCAAUUGUACGAUAAUGUGGCAGUCUUACGCAAGCACCUCAACCACGUCGAUGCCGUGGUCCAGUCCAUAGGCCACCCGAGCAUCUUCCCGGGGAUCUUCCAGCGAGAGCCGAUUUUGGAUACCGCCCAGCUGCAAAUUAUGCUCUUCUCUACGCAAUAUGCCUGUGCGCGCAGUUGGAUCGACUCGGGAAUUCAGCCGGAGGCGUUAGUCGGCCACAGCUUCGGCGAGCUCACAGCCCUCUGCGUCUCGCAAGUUUUGUCGCUAGAAGAUACCAUCAAGAUGAUCGUGCGCCGAGCUACUUUGGUGAGAGACUCUUGGGGCUCUGAUAAGGGCGCCAUGAUGGCUAUCGAAGCAGACCUAAGCGACGUUGAGCAACUGCUGGCUGCCGCCAAUGGCGACCACUCGGACAAGCCUGCUAGUAUCGCCUGUUACAACGGGCCAAGGAGUUUCACCCUUGCGGGCUCGACUCGUGCCAUUGACGCUGUCGCUGCCCAAGUCGAAAAGUUUCCCACCAAGACCCUCAGAACCAAGAGACUGAAUGUAACAAACGCCUUCCACUCCGCGCUUGUCGAUCCGUUAGUCGACAGCCUAGAGAAGGGUGCUCAGAGCUUAACAUUCCGCAAGCCCGUCAUACCGCUUGAGUUCGCCAAGGAAAACGCAGGAGAGGUGGACUUGACGGCAAAGUUUGUGGCCGAUCAUAUGCGCAACCCGGUCUAUUUCCACCAUGCAGUCGAGCGUCUCGCGCGGCGGUACGCCUCAUCGCCCUGCGUCUUCCUCGAAGCCGGGACUAACUCAACCAUCACAUCCAUGGCUGCCCGUGCGCUUGGAAAUGUGAAGGGCGCGUAUUCCUUCCACAGCGUUAAUAUAUCAAAUUGCGACGAUGCCUGGGAUAAGUUAACCGAUACCACCGUGUCGCUCUGGAAAACGGGCCUGCGGGUACAGCACUGGGCGCAUCACGGAUUGCAGAGAAACCACCAAGCGGAUAUUGUGCCUUUGCUGCUCCCGCCUUACCAAUUCGACCCCGAAGCACGACAUUGGAUGGAGCUGAAGGCCAUCCCUAAGUCUCUACCAGUCGAAGAAGAGACCGCUGGAGCUAUCGAGCAGAAGCAGCCGGAAGGGCUCCUGACCUUCUUCGGGUACCAGGACGGUGCAACCCAGAGGGAAGCGCGGUUCCGCAUAAAUACGUCGACGGAAAAAUAUAAGAAGCUCCUCUCAGGCCACCUGACAAUGGAGACCGCGCCUAUAUGCCCUGCCACAAUACAGAUUGGGUUUGUGGUUGACGCCAUUGGCAGCCUGCACCCGGAGUAUCAGGCGAAGACGCAGCCUCAAAUGCAAGACGUAGAGUACCAGUCUCCUAUCUGCGCCAACUCAGCGCGCGUGACGUGGAUCGAUGUGAAGAACAACGCCUCGGGCGACUCUGAGUGGAGAUUUGAGGUGUAUAGCACCGAAGCUCAGUCACAAGCACGAAUGGUGCACACCACCGGCAAGAUCUCAUUCAGCAGCCCAGAAGACCCGGCCCUGAGGCGUCAGAUGGUGCGUUUCGAGCGGUUAUUCGGCCAUAAUCGGGCGACCGACCUCCUGCAGGGCACCGAUGUCGACGAGGUGCUCGCCAACCGCAGCAUUUACCGCAUAUUUUCUGAAAUCGUCGACUACGGCGAUGAGUUCCGUGGCCUACAGAAGAUGGUCACUCGUGGGAACGAGACUGCGGGCCAUGUCGUCCGCGUCAACUCAGACCCCGACCUAUGGUUUGACCCUCAUCUUUCCGACACCUUCUGCCAACUAGGCGGCCUCUGGAUUAAUUGCAUGACGGACCGUUCUCGGGGUGAUGUGUAUCUUGCAAAUGGGAUCGACCAAUGGAUCAGGGCGGUCCCUACUGGAAAGCAUUCGAACGAAUUCAACGCUUUCGCUGUGCAUCACCGCCAGUCUGAUCGGUUAUCUCUAACCGACGUCUUUGUGUUUGACGCGGCUGACGGAUCCCUGGUUGAGGUCAUCCUCGGUGUCGCAUAUGUCAAGAUUCCGAAACCCUCCAUGGAAAAACUACUGACACGCCUGACUGAGCCGGGGUGGCUGGCUAAGAGUCCGGCAGCAAACGUACCAUCCCUCGCCUCGCCCAUAACCUUGACGAAAUUGGACGACGUACAGAAAAAGACGAAAGCAUCCCCAUCGGUGCACCAGCCGACGACGCCCCCAUCUACUAAAAAUCCCGCGGCAGAGCAGAAGGCGCCCAAGUCAAGCAAACGCGCGUCCCAGGAUGAUCUGCUUCUGAAGGUGAAGGCCAUCCUUGCAGACCUAACCGGCCUAGAAAUUUCUGAGAUCAAGAACGAUAGCGAUCUGGCAGACCUGGGUAUCGAUUCGCUGGCCGGCAUGGAGAUGGUACACGAGAUCGAAACGACUCUCAAGGUGCAUCUUCCGGAGGCCGAGAUCCUCACCGUCACAACUUUCCCCGAGCUGAUGAAGUGCGUGGCCGGGGCGAUGGGUGUGGACGUCCAAUCACAUCCCGAUUCAGAGGAGCCGAAUGAAGAUCUAGAUACCGACACGGCCAGCAUGGCUUCGUCAGAUGGUGCCCCCGCCUUUACGAACCUCACCUCGCCCUCCCCUGAGUCCAUUGUGGAUAAAGAAGAAUAUGGGGAGUCAGACGAUUUCAAGCUCUCGUUUGCAACGGUCAUGGAGGCCUUCAACGAGACCAAGAAGUUGACUGAUAGCCGCAUCGCCACCAUGGGGCAGACUCACUACGUAGCCGAGUCGUUGCCGCUUCAAAAUGAGCUCACGGUGGCGUUUACGAUCGAGGCCUUCGAGGCACUGGGUGCUGGGUUCAGCAACGCCCAGCCAGGUCAGCAGCUCUCGCGCAUCCCGCACGGCAAGGAGCAUGUGCACUUUGUGACGUACCUGUACGAGAUGCUGGAGACCGAGACCCAGAUAAUUAAACUGGACGGGGACACCAUUACCAGGACAGCAGUUCCUCUCCCGCGACGGCAUAGCAAAGAAAUAUAUGACGAAAUGGCAAGAAGCUACCCCGACCAAGCUCCGGCCGACAAGCUCACCUACUAUGCCGGUGCGAAUCUCAAGCGCGUGCUCUCGGGCGAGACGGAUGGGGUAAAACUCAUCUUCGGUAGCACUGAGGGUCGCGAGCUUGUCGGUGCCUUUUACGCCGAUUGGCCACUGAACCGAGUUAUGUAUGCGCAGAUGGAGGACUUCUUUACGCGUCUGGCCGAGAAGCUUCGGGCCAGGCCCAACGGACUCAGCGAGAGCAAGCCACUCCGCAUCUUGGAGAUGGGAGCUGGUACCGGCGGCACGACGAAGCGGAUCGUACCGCUGCUGGCGCAGCUCCAGAUACCGGUCGAAUACACAUUUACCGAUCUGGCUCCGUCCUUUGUCGCGGCGGCACGGAAGAAGUGGGGCAAGCAAUAUCCCUGGAUGAAGUUCCGGGCACACGAUAUCGAGAAAGCACCUGACGCGGACUUGGAGAGCACACAGCAUUUCGUGCUUGCAAGCAACGCAGUCCACGCAACACACUCCCUAUGCGUGAGCACCGCGAACGUGCGCAAAGCCCUCCGCCCAGACGGGUAUCUCUUCAUGCUCGAAAUGACGCGCACGCCCUACUGGGUUGACUUGAUCUUCGGUCUCUUUGAGGGUUGGUGGCUAUUCGACGACGGUCGCCGACACGCAUUGACACACGAGUCGAGGUGGGAGAAGGACCUGCAGGCUGUCGGUUACGGCCACGUGGACUGGACGGUUGGCGAAAGGCAGGAGAGCGAGAUCGAGAAGUUGAUACUGGCCGCCGCCAGCUUAACUAGUCGGUCCGAACGAUUGGAAAACGUAGCCACUCUCGGCUACCUGCCCAAGAAAGGCGCCACCGCCGACUGCGAAGCGCGCGAACAGGUCGUCAGCAAAUACGUGCGCGAGCUGACGCAGGGCUUCGACGAAGCGAUGUCACGAGAAUCGGGAGCCCGUCGGUACCGGCCCGAGGCCAAAUGCGUCCUCAUAACAGGAGCCACCGGGGGCCUAGGUGCGCAUCUGGUCGCCACGGCCGCUCUGCGAAGCGACGUUAAGCGCGUCGUAUGCCUAAACCGACCAAGUAAACAGGAUCCGAGAGAGAGACAAAUCCAGGCGUUACGCAAGAAGGGCCUCGAGUUGGCCCCCGACGUCUUAGCCAAGAUCGACGUGCUAGAAACUGACUUAGGACAACCCGCCCAACUCGGCCUCUCUGACAACCAGUACCAAUCCCUUCUCGAGGACGUGACGCACAUAACACACAACGCCUGGCUCAUGCACUCCAAGUGGCCGGUCAAGCGCUUUGAACCACAGCUACGCAUCAUGGUACACAUGCUGGAACUAGCCCGCGACAUCUCUCUGCGACGACCAAGCGACUGCCUGGUGACGUUCGAGUUCGUGUCCUCGAUCGCUACGAUCGGCCACCAUCCACUCUGGACGGGGAAGCCGGUGGUGCCGGAGGAGCGCGUGCCGAUCGAGAGCGUCCUCCCGACCGGAUACGGCGACGCCAAGUACAUAUGCGAGCGCAUGCUAGACUCCACGCUGCACCGGUUCCCUCGACGCUUCCGCGCCACGGCCGUGCGCCUGGGGCAGAUCGCCGGCAGCUCCAUCAACGGCCACUGGAACUCCAUGGAGCACGUGUCCUUCAUGAUCAAGUCGUCCCAGACUCUCAGCGCCCUUCCCGACCUUCCGGGCAGCAUGGGGUGGACGCCAGCCGACGACGUGGCGGCCGGCCUGAUCGAGAUCCUGACGCAGCCGGACGAGGUGGCCCUACAUCCCAUCUACCACAUCGAGAACCCGCUCCGGCAGCCGUGGUCUGAGGUGACCGCCAUCCUAGCCGACGCGCUAUCCAUCCCCCGGGGCCCCUCGAGCAUCAUCCCGUUCCAGGAGUGGGUGCAGCGCGUGCGGACCUGGCCGCGACGCGAGGACAACGGGCCCGAAGGGGCGAACCCUGGAUACCUACUGGUGGAUUUCCUAGACACCAACUUCAUCCGCAUGAGCUGCGGCGGUCUUCUGAUGGGGACGGCGAAGGCGAGGGAGCACUCCCCCACAUUAGCCAAGCUGGGCCCCGUCAGCGAAGAUCUCAUCCGAUUGUUUAUCCGGAGCUGGCAGCAGAUGGGCUUCCUGGCUUAGAGGCGUCACGGUGCCGUUUUUCGUCUUCUCGUCCUGUCUUCGCACCACGUACCGUUCCUGUCGCUCUUCUUCUUAUUUUUCUUCUUGUUCGUGUCUUUCUCGUGGUUAGAGAAGAGAGAGGGCUCA